AUGGCUCAUCGGCAUCUGAUACUGACUGACCACCGACAUGCCGUCAUAUGUAUACUGAUAUCUACACUUUUGAAAAUUGGCGACGAUGGAAUUGUACCGCAUAAUACCCUACCUAAUGAAAGAUCGCUCAUAUUGGCGGGUUGGUGGUGUAAGGCAUCAGGUCACACGAGCUGCAAAUAUCCGCUCCGUCUCCACAGAAGAUCCGUCAGGUAUGGUUGGUUGGUGUCACUGUUGAUCUAUCAUCUGGGUCUCUUGAUCAAUAAUCAUACAGUACCGCUGCCAGUGAACUUCAAUACAGCAACGGGCUUCAGGAUUCGCGGAGACAGGCCGAGCAGUAAUUCUUGCCGACUUCCAUGCGGUGUGGCUGGGAGCGUCUACUUUCCGCGCAGGCUUGUUUCAUGUCGAAGCUGGCUAGCAGAAACUGUCGUUUGUCGCGCACUGCCAGCCAAACAGAACCGAGCGCAACAUGUCUGCAUUAUUGCAGGGCGGAGACACUGGAUGCACUUCCACUACCUUGACGGUGGACAGCUAAAGGAUCGGCUUUUGUACUGCAAAAUUGCAUGCAGGCGACGAUCUACCAUGAGAUUACCCACGGCAUCAGGCUGUCCUUCGAAUCCUAGUUGCAAAUCUAGCGCUUCGCGUUGCGUCGGCAAAUGUGCACCACUGCUGGGCGCUGGCGGAGGUGGUGAUUGCCGGGCAUCAGACGUGCCAGAAGUCCAUGAAGAUCCUCGCAACAGCCAAUCUGCCUGGGUAGAAUGCAGUACACAUCCUUGCCCGAAUGCUGGCUGCCCUCGGGCGGCGGUGGCGACAGACACACUGAUGAGCCUCGUCGCCUGCACAAGCGACGCUGAAGCAAGCACACGCCAGGCACUCCGUCGUCUGGACUCUGGAAAGCAGAGCAGACGCUGA